AUGGAAGAGGAGUGGAGUGAUGUUGAGUUGUGUCUCGAUGGGAAGGCAGAGGUUGUCGAAAAGGAUAAAGUCAAUGUUGGUGUUGUGUCGACAACACAAGAAAAUUUGGACGAUCUUUUAGGACAACAAACUUCCGCUCAAACAGUUCAACUUCAACAAGAAAAGACAGAGGAACAGGUGGACAAAGUUGUACAAAUUGAAACACCUCAAGUUGUUGUGAAUAACAAAAUGGAAGAAGAAUUGAGUGUACCACGUCCUUCAGAAAUACCCCAAAAAAUGGAAAUUGAAAAAGUCGAAAACAAUUCCAAAAAAGAAAAAAUUGACGAAGUUGUAAUUAUCGACGACGAGAAAGUUGCACCAAUGAAAAUGGUCGAGACGACUCCAAUUGAUGUCGAAAAAGAAAAUGAAGAAAUCAAAGGAAUGGCAUGUGAACCACCAAAGAAUGAAAAAGUCAACACACCUGAAAAUGCGCCAAACACAAUUAUUUCAACAGACGACAUUUUUAAAACAAAAUUCAUCGCAAAGUCACCAGUCGAUCUUUUUGAGAAAAAUGAGAUUGUCGACAUUUCUCACUCGAUUCAACACACCACAAAAAGUGACACUCCUUCUUGGAAUUUGUGGAGCGAUGUCUUUGCAAAGCGCACAACCUUCUUCGAGUUAUUCCGAAUACCUGAAUUUACAGCAGAAUAUAAAGAGAAGAUGUUAAGUUCGGACUAUCUCGUCAACACGUUCAAAAUGGCCGACACAAAUGUCGACAAAUUCCCAAAUGAGUUGGAAGCAGUUCAAACAACUUAUUCCGAGCAGGAGAAAGCCGAUACACAACAAGAGAAACUAACAGUCGCUGAAAAUGAAGACGUCGACGACGUCGUAGUCACCGACGAAAAGACGGAAUUUUCCGUUCUCAAGUUGAAUGCAAAAUCCACUCAAAUACCAAAACCACUUGAAAAGAAUGAAACAACGCAGAAAGUCCCAAAAGCACCAGAACCUAAAGAUGAACAAGUCAAAAUAUUAAAAAACACACAACUCCUCACUAGAAAACCGAGCGCACCAAUUAGAAAGAAAAGUUCUCGAGUGCUUUCAGUGCAAUCCGACCUUGAUUGA